AACACCUGCUCAUCACACUCCACGACGAGCAAGACAAUAUGCUAGGCAUUGAAGACUAUGGCAGCGACGUCGACAGCGACAACGAAGCACCGCCAACAAAAGUACCAGCGCCAUCAAAACCCCUGGGUCUAUCUCUCCCCCCACCCAAAUCAUCCGGGUCUUCAAGUCUGUCUCUUCCACCACCAACCAACAUCAAAACAAAACGCCCAAAGAAGAUCGAAAUCACCCUGCCCUCGCUUCCUUCCAAUGACUCCGACACAGACGACCGUCCACCAGCCAAGAAACCCCGAAUCACAUCCAGUAAAGGGGCAGGCGCGUCCUCCCUUCUCAACAUGCUACCUGCGCCUACGCAACCCCUCCCCGUCAAAGCCAAGAAGGGUAAACAACCUGAACGUAUGCUUGGCGGUGGAAAUGGUCCAGGACUGGUGUUCCGUGCGCCAACGAGCGUGCAGGAGGAUGGCGAAGGAGAUGCUGAGGAGGCGCAGGAGGCAUCUACAUCUUUCCUACCUGCUUCGCUCAAGAAGGGCAAAUCCAACGUCGCAUUAGAUCGUGAGGAUUACAGGCUCCCAACUCUGCCAAAGGUCUCCUCUGCACCCGCUGUGAACUUCUUCUCUCUUGGUACCUCAUCUACAAUGCCAUCUACAUCCACGACACCCAGCACAUCUACACCACCCAUCUCCUCCGCUCCCGAGGUCGCCACAUUCACUCCCCCAGCGCCAACACCUACCGACGCCUACCCCGGAUACUACCUCCUCCCCUCCGGCGCCUGGGCCGCUUACGACCAGGUCUACUACGCCACAUUCGUCAAAAAGUGGCAGAAGGACUAUGAUGCCCAGGUACGCGCGCUCGAGAAAGGUGAGGUGGAAAGGGAAGCACAAGACGCAGCCGAGGUCAACAUGCAGGAAGAGAUGGAGAAAGCACGGAGAGAGAUAAAGGAGAGGGAAGACAGGAAGGCGCUUACGGGUAUCAAGACUGGCGAGCAGGAACAGCCAAGGAUGAAUGUACAGGGCGCAAAACUAGGCUCAACAGCCCGGUCACGACAUCAACUAACAACCCUCCUCACGGAUGCAUAUCACAAUCGUGAGGCACUGGAGGAGAAGAUCGCACAAGCGCGGAGGAACAGGAAAGAGGCGGGGAACAAAUAUGAACUCAUAAAUUCUUCAGGUUUCUAG